AUGGUGGUUUUUGCUAGAAUCAAGGCAGCGUUUUUAGCAGACGCACCUCCAGGGAAUGCUGCUUUUGGCCUUGAGAGAUCGUUCUCAUUAUCUGAGGGUGUGCGCCGGUUCAAGCGUCACCGAUGGAGGGCCCGCGACAGCCAGUAUAUCCUCCUCUUGCCGCUUCUUCUGUUUUGUUUCAUUAUCUGUGACGCGCCUUCGCCCAUAUACAGGCUUUUGAUCGCUCUGGUGCUGCUAUAUCUCGUGACGGUGCCGGCAUUGAGCCAGUUUUUUUUAAAUUUCCUGCCCACGGCUACGUGGCUGAUUUUGUUCUACUCUUGUCGAUAUAUUCCUCCGGCUUGGAGACCCAGCAUUUUUGUCCGCGUGUUGCCUGGUUUAGAGACAAUUUUUUACGGCGGUAACCUCAGCGCUACGCUGGCGGCUAAAACCAACUCCUUUCUGGACAUCCUGGCCUGGAUCCCCUACGGGCUCUGCCACUACGGUGCUCCAGUGGUAAUUUCCAUUUUCUGCUUUGUGUUUGGCCCCCCAACGCUGCUUCCGGUCUUUAUGUUCGCUUUUGGAUACAUGAACAUUGCUGGUGUUUUUAUUCAGAUCCUGUUCCCUACCGCACCGCCGUGGUACCAAACGCUGUACGGCCUUCAAAAGGCUUACUACGGCAUGAAAGGAUCUGCUGGAGGGCUGCACCGGGUGGAUCUGCUGCUGGGGGUUGACAUGUACACCAGCGCGUUCGAAGCGUCUCCCCAGGUGUUUGGAGCCUUUCCAUCUUUGCAUUCUGGCUCCGCCGUCAUGGAGGCCUGCUUUAUGACCUAUCUUUUCCCCUCAAUGGGGCCAGUUUUUGCCAUUUACGUUAUGUGGAUCUGGUGGUCGACCAUGUAUUUGACCCAUCACUACUUUAUCGAUCUAAUCGCGGGGGCAAUCCUCAGCCUGAGCGUGUUCUACAUCUGCCAGGAAACUAUUCUGCCCAGAAAGCAGCCAGGAAAGUUCGGUCGCUGGUCCUACGGCCAUGUCGAGUACGGCUUGCCCCAGCCAAUCAAGACCCGCAAGUCGUUCGAUGAGGAAGUGCUUUUUGAUGAAGAGCAGGCCAUUGAAAUGACCGCUCUGUCCCACUCAGAAUCACACACCAGCGGCAGAAGCACGCCGCGACAACAUUGA